AUGUUCGCCAAAUUUCGACCACCUCUAUUAAAAAAUAUCAAUGGACAUUUGCCAGAAGAAGAGCCGUGCGACAAACCUACUGGCCCAACGCCGAAACGACGAAAAAUCAAUAACGACCAUGAACCCCAAAGCGUUAGCCUUAAAAACCCCCGGCAAGACUUCAAGACUUUGCCUACGACCGCCCUACCCCGAGAGCCGCUCGUCGAAGACCAAAAUCGAAGUAACACCAUCAAAGUCGCGGGCCACCCAAACAGUGAAAGCGAGAGCUAUUAUAAUGUCUUGUGGCGUAAGCCCACAGCGAAGAAGCACAGGACAUGGAAUGGAGACGGCAUUCUUCAAGUUAAAGACGGGUGGGCAUAUUUUACAGAUGACACAGGACGAGAGAUGGGGAAAACAGUGUGCGAUCGACCAUUGUUGCCAGGAUCGUCGCUGUCCAUUGCAGGCAAAGAUGUUGAAAUUGACUCAAUUCUCCCAAAGAAAGAAUAUCUUGCAGGACGAUCAUGUCGUAGCAAGGUCAAUGCUGUGCCUCCGCCAAAGAAGACCGGACCGCCAAAACAAAAAUCUUUGCUAGAAAACAGGAAAGGGCAGAGUAGCCACGAGGAGACUGCUACGUCAUCUUCUAAAGAAGCCUCGCAUGUCAGCAUAAGAGUGCAGGAUUCAUUCCGUGCUCCGCUGCUCAAGAAUACAGUAUUGCCAAAGCAAAAGAGUCAAAAGCCCACACCUCGUCAUGAUAUCACGGCUGAGGGGGCUCUGGUCAUGAAGGCUGCAGAAGCGGCCCUCAUCGGACGAGAGUUAGUAGACGUCGUUGUCGACCCUCUACUGAGUCAAAAGCUUCGUGAACAUCAACGUGAGGGGGUCAAAUUUCUUUAUGAAUGUGUCAUGGGUUUGCGUGAUCCGAGCUUCCACGGGGCAAUCUUAGGCGAUGAAAUGGGGCUUGGAAAGACGCUGCAAACCAUUACGCUUCUAUGGACGUUGAUGAAGCAGAAUCCGGUAAACAGUGCCUCUCCAGUGAUCAAGAAGGCAUUGAUAGUAUGCCCAGUCACGCUAGUCAACAAUUGGCGCAAAGAAUUUCGUAAAUGGCUGGGCUUGGACCGCAUUGGUGUCUAUUUCUUCGAUGAUAGCAAGAAGCGAAUCACGGAUUUUACAAGAGGACGCGCCUAUCAGAUCAUGAUCGUUGGAUAUGAGAAGCUCAGAGCAGUCAUUGACGACCUCAAAAACGGUUGCGAAAUAGACAUCGUAAUUGCAGAUGAAGGGCACAGACUGAAGACCGCCAAAAACAAGAGUGCCCAAGCUAUCAAGUCACUGGAGACUCCAAGAAAGAUCAUACUCUCAGGGACACCGAUACAGAAUGACUUAAGUGAAUUCUUCAUGAUGUUUGACCUCAUAAACCCCGGACUGUUAGGCACCUUCAAGAACUUCACACGGCAGUACGAAGUGCCAAUCGUCAAAAGCCGACAGCCUGGAGCUUCAUCUGAGGAUAUUGAAAAAGGUGAGGCACGAAGCGAGGCACUAGUAAAUGAGACUAGCCCCUUCAUUCUUCGCCGAACAGCUGAUAUUUUGUCAAAAUAUCUGCCCGUGAAGACUGAGUAUGUCCUUAUGUGCCGCCCAACGGCAGCACAGGCUUCAGUAUAUCAGCACGUCCUUGCUUGUCCGGCUUUCCAAUCAGCUCUAGGGAGUUCGGAGGCAGCACUUCAGCUGAUCACCAUAUUGAAAAAGGUUUGUAAUAGUCCAUGGCUUCUUAAUGGUCAGCGUUCUGAGGACACGACCUCGCGUAAAAGCACUACGACGUCAGCGCUUCUGGACAGUGUCCCCUCGAGGCUUAUUCAAACCAAUCAGGGUAGCACCAAACUUCGAGCUCUCGAUAGGUUACUUUUCACAUUGAAGACUAACACGAACGAGAAAGUUGUUCUGGUAUCAAAUUACACGGCCACACUCCAAAUUCUUGAAUCCCUCCUUACUACACUUGGCUACCCAUACAGCCGUCUAGAUGGGUCCACGCCUUCAAACAAACGCCAGGGACUUGUAGAUGACUUCAAUCGAUCUGAUCCGUCAUUGUGCUUUGCAUUUCUUCUCUCCGCAAAAGCCGGCGGGCUCGGUCUAAAUUUGAUCGAAGCGAUCUUGCGUCAUCUAUCGCUUUUUAAUGGCGGGGGGAUUGAUGAAAAGAUAUGGCAGAGGCAGGUUACGAAGCUCGGUCUUGCCAGUAACAUUAUGGAUCAAAAGAACGAGUCCGCUAGCUUUUCCAAAGAGGAGCUGAAAGACCUCUUCAGACUGGACACGGGGCUGUCUUGCCAGACACAUGAUCUGCUAUGUUGUAAAUGUGAUGGACGCGGCGUACCUGAGCUUCCGACUGCAGAAGAGACAGACCUCAUGGACGAUAACAGAGGCACAGACAACAUCGAAGAAGACGAUGUUGACGAAGACUUGCCUGAUUGGCAUAAUCUGCCUACAUUAGUGCCGGCCAACAAAUUGAACAUAGAGGAACAAGAGCGGGAAAUCGACGAGAGAAGAAAAGCCACCAAGAAAUUCGGCAGAGCGGGAGCCAUGGUAGAUUCGCUGAUGUCCUACUCACAUAUCGAUACAUCCAGAUUCUCAAGUGAAGACAAUCAGGACAUGGAGGCAUUAAUUAGUGACGAAGUCUUGCUUAGAGUACUCAAGGACGAAGACAAUACCAUCCCAUUCGUCUUCGCGAAGACCUCAAGCACUAAAAAGGACGCCUAG